CGAAGAGUCUCGACGAAGGAAGAUUUUCCGGAAGUUGCUUGACCCGAUGCUUCGAGAACAGAACUUCACUAUAAAAGACUGCGACUAUGGCCGAUCGUCAGUAUAAUUCGAUGCCUUACUCUCAGUCGCAAUUACCAAACGAACCAUUACCAGCAGGUUGGGAAAUGCGUUACGAUCAAAAUUCCGGUUGGCCAUACUUUAUUGAUCACAAUACCAGGAAUACUACCUGGCAAGAUCCUAGACUAAUGAGGACUCAUCUUCAUUAUCCUUUCAAUGCCUAUGGGUUUGCACCAGAAGGUAAAACUGUGGAGAUACCUGUCCACUUUGAAGGAGGAUCAGAACCUCAGCGACAGGUGCAUCAGGAUCAACAGCAGCAUCGUGUGGGUAAUCACAAUUUGACUUAUCCACAUUCUAAUCAACCGCAACCUAGUUCUCAGCAGUUCACAUCAAUGCCAAGGAAACGAGGUGAUGUUUGGGAAAUUCCCAUACAACAUGUUGGUCAGAAUAAUCCCACUGCAACAACUUCACGCCAGCAAACUCCACAACAGACACAGCCUCCUGUUACAGAGUUUGUAAAUCAUCCACAGCCAUCAAAUAAUCCUUUACGGGGCACUGUGAAUAUUCCUAUUGUGCGUGAAGGAAAUCUUUCUGGCUCAUGUCAAACUGGUGGGCAACAAAUGUCUGGUCAAAAUUCUCAUAGUUCAAGCCCACACCCAGACUUCUCACAGGCUAUUCCUUUAUCAGCUAGAGUCCCCCAAUUUCAACAGCAACGGCCUCAGGAGCCAAAACCUGACUAUGAAUCUGGUCCACGCCCCACUGCACAGCAGCAGGCACCAUUUACAGCUCCACCACAGUCUGCUCCUCAGCCAAUGCCAGAAGUAGACAGUCAGUUACCACCUAAGAGUAUGGAGGAAAGGGCUUUUGAAAUUAUUAAUGGAGUCAUGAAUGAAGUUAAAUCACUGGAAGGAGAGGUGAACUCUUUCCAGGGGGUCAAGAAAGACAAGCAGUACAGAUAUAUAGAAGAAAUGUUAACUAGGAACUUGCUGAAAUUAGAUUCUGUGGAAGCAGGGGACCUGGAAAAUGUUAGGCAGGCUAGGAGGCAAGCUGUUAAAUAUAUAGAAGCUGCUAUUGAUUUAUUAGAAUUGAAAGCAGUUGCAUCCGAGGCCAACUUUGGACAGUCUUCAGGGGUUAAUAAUGCUCCAAAUCCUGCUUCAUCUCAGAUGCCAAGUGAGAACACAAAUAAUUCUUUCCAACCCAGUGAAACUUCGGCUGCUUCUCCACCACCUCAACAGGGCCUGACAAGCGUGAAAGAGAUGCAACUGGAAAGUGAGAUCCCUUGCUAAAGCUGCUAGUUGACAUUUGUAACUGUGAUAAUAUUUGUACUAAUUGCUUAAAAUUAUUUAUAACAUGACAUCUUGAAAGUGUGUAGUCCCUGCAUAAUGUCUUCUUAAAUAACACCAUUAUUGUUAAAAUUAGAUCUGAAGUGUUUCAGCUCUGAAUUUAGUUGCAUAUUGCUUUUAAAAAAAAGUUGUCCUAAUGUUUUUGCUAAGUUUUGUUGAAACAAAUUUGAAUAGAAAAAUUGAGAACUGUUCUUUUGGUGAGCUUAACUUUCUUUCUGUUGGAUAAUUUUGUGUGAAAUUUAAAUAUUAAUAAAACUUUCCAGAAACUAAUCUUAAAGUGUUUUAGACAUCUAAUAAAUUAGUUUUUCUUUUUUUUUUCUUCCUUCUUGGUUCCCAUUUUAAGUGUUACUUAAAGUUUGAUAUAUUUAAGUAUAAGGCACACAAGAAUUUCACAGAAUUAUCAAGGAGCACAAAAUAUUCUGUUGUAUUUGUGUUCUAUCUAUCCAUCACACAGAGUACAUUUGAUAGUUAAUAUUUUAUGUCUGUUCUGUGAUCUUUAUAUUAUAUUAAUAUUUGUAAAUGUUUGGUCUAGUUUUUAAAUUUAAUAUUAAACAUUAACCCAAAGUGUAGACCAUGUAUGUAUAUGGAGUCAUGUGUAGGAUGGUGAAGGUAUUGGUAGUGAUAGAAUAUAUUCUCUCCAAGUGUACAUUUUUUUACUGGUGAGGGUGUACAACACAUGUACAGUAUUGAAAUGUGGUUUACUCUUAUAGUAUUUAAGCAAUUAACAUUGUGGACUACUAUUUGAGAGCUUAAAGGCUAGUUGCAAGUUUAUGCAGGGGUCUGUUUUUGCCAAGCUUAUGCCAAAAAUGUUUUGUUAAAGUCAGUUGCAGUGUUCUGAUGUCAUAUGCUUAUGGGUGCUCUCUGUAAAUAGUAUUUAUUAGUAAGUUUUAAUACUAAGUCCUAAAACAAUCAUUUUGAUAUAUAUAUAUUUAUAUAUAUUAUUAGUAGAUAAAUAUUGUAUUACACGUUUCAUAAAACAGUUCAAUAAAACAAUUGUAAAAUUG